UUGUUUAUCUCUGCUCUGUGUUCUCAGGUUGGAGUCACAUCCCAGAAAACUAUGAGGCUACUUCCAGCUUUGGGAAAAAAGGCCACACAAAAGGUCGCCAUUGCAGAUCACGAUGGUAUCCUGACGUGUUUUGGGAUGAAGAAGGGCGAAGCGGUGCCCGUGUUUAAAACGCUCCCCGGGCAGAAGAUAGUGAGGAUGGACCUGGGAGGUGCCGCCGGAACGUCCCAGGAGAAGAUCUUUGUCUGUUCUGGUUCUCAGGUGCGAGGAUUCACCAAGAAAGGGAAACAGUUCCUCACCUUUGAAGCCAACCUCACCGAGAGCAUCAACGCCAUGCAUGUUUCCGGAUCGGAUCUUUUCGUGUGUGCGAGUUACAUCUACAACCACUACUGCGACUGCAAGGACCAGGACUACUUCCUCUCAGGGGACAAAAUCAACGACAUCACCUGUUUGUCUUCAGAGAAACUCUCGAGACCCGUCCCGGUCUUGGCCUGCCAGGAUCGGGUUCUCAGGGUCUUGCAGGGAUCUAAACUUGCCUAUGACAUUGAAGUCCCUGGGCCUCCAUCUGUCUUGGAGUUGUACAACAAAGAAGGAGCUGAGGAAGUUAUUUAUGGAACCACGGAUGGAAAAAUUGGACUGAUUCAGAUUGAUGAGAGCUCCGCUGCCACUAAAUGGGAGAUCGAUAACGACAAAAGAAAAGGAGACGGAGUGCAGGACGUCCUGGUGGGCCGGGACGAUGGAACCGUUGAGGUUUAUUCUGUAGACGGCUCCGGUGAGCCUAGCUUACGCUUUGAACACGAACUUCAGGUUCACGAAGGGAACGCCGACUUCCUGAUCCCGGAGUAUCGCAGCAUCCUGGACGAGUCGGCUGAUUUAUUGGAGGAGUAUAAGAAGCAGCCAGCUCACCUCGAAAGACUUUACGGAAUGAUCACCGACCUCUUCAUUGAUAAAUUCAAGUUCAAGGGACAGAACGUGAAAUCAAAGGUGUCCUCGUUGUUGGAGAUACUCAAUAAUUAUGAUUUAAACUCUCUGUUAGAUUUUUUCAGUGAGGCCUGA